AUGUACUUAUUUAUAUCAAAUUAUCUUAAUUAUGCUAUUAUUAUUGGAUCUAGUAUUGUUAAAAUACCUCAAAUAAUUCAAAUUAUAAAAUCAAGGAGUAUAUCAGGUAUUAGUACAUUUGGUAUAUAUAUUGCUACUAUAUCUUGUAUUAUAUAUUCCUAUUAUAACUGGGUUUUUCAGAUCCCUUAUUUAUUAUGGAUAGAUAAUUGUUUUGUUGGUAUUCAAAAUAUUAUUAUUCUCAUUCUAUGUAUCUUACUUUCUGAAAAAGAUACAAAAAAGAUAAAUAAACAUUCAAAUAUAAUGAAUACCUUUUAUAUUGUAUCAUUAUCUAUACUUAUUAUACUUUUGUAUAAUAAUAUGAUCUCAUUAACUAUCUUAAAAUAUUUAUCUUUAACACCAGUUAUAUUUAUAAUACUCUCAAUGGUCCCACAAAUAUUAAAAUGCUUUUAUGAAGGUAAUACAGGAGAAUUAUCAUUUAUAUCUUUUUUAUUACUAUGUGGUGGGGCAUGGUCAAGAUUUCUUACAGUAUUAAUUAGUAAUUCAAAAGGUAAUAAAAUAUUACUCUUAACAACUAUAACUUCUGCAUUACUUAAUACAAUUCCACUAUACCAAAUAAUAUAUUAUCAAUAUAUUUUAGGUAGAAAAAAUAUUAGAUAUAAACUAAAUGGGGAAUAUUCAACUAGAAGAAAUAAUAAGAAAUCAGAAUAA